AAGUGAGCAGUUACUCAGGAGGUGGUCUGAUGAUCAAGUGUGAACAUCCUCAAUACAAAACCAAACCAAAAUACAUCUGUAAAGAAUCAGACGGAUGUUCAGAGAGGAAGAGUCCAGGAGGUCAGGAUGAAUGGAUGGAGAAUGGAGAUGUUUCUUUAUAUGACGACACCAGAGCAGGAGUCUUGAUGGUGUUUUUUUAGAGAGCUGAAAGCUGCAGAUGCAGGAACAUACAGGUGUGGAGUGAAAGAAUCUGACUAUACUGAGAGCUUCACUGAACUACAGCUGAGCGUCAAACACGGUGAGGAACAGAACAAAAUACUUUAACUGCAUGUAUGAUUUAUCUAUUAUGACUUUUUGUGUAAACCUGUCUUGCUUUGUAGAUGCAGAAUAUCCAAACAGCAUGACUGAAUCUGUGUAUCUUGGUGAAGAAGUUCACAUCUCCUGUCCGAUCCCAGAGGAACAUAAAGUUCAUUUCUGUAAAGAGGAUAAUAAUCACAUCUGCCAGAACAUCAGCUCAUCUAAAGUGACAGAAAUGAGUGGUUCAUCAGAGAGAAAUGAAGAGAGAGUUGUUACAGUGAGCAUCAGUGAUGUGAGUGUGAGCGAUGCUGGAGUUUACUGGUGUGGAGCAGAAACCAGAGACACAUAUCUGACUUUCAUCUCCCUGACCACUAAAAUUCAGCUCAACCUCAUCACUAAAGUGGGUGUGUCUAGAGUGAGCGGCUACUCAGGAGGUGGUCUGAUGAUCAAGUGUGAACAUCCUCAAUACAAAACCAAACCAAAAUACAUCUGUAAAGAAUCAGACGGAUGUUCAGAGAGGAAGAAUCCAGGAUUUUGGGGGUCAUUCCACAAAAUCGGGACACCAAAGGCACAGAUUUCAUGGGAUGACCCUUGGGAGGAAUGGAUGGAGAAUGGAGAUGUUUCUCUUUAUGAUGACACCAGAGCAGGAGUCUUGAUGGUGUUUUUUAGAGAACUGAAAGCUGCAGAUGCAGGAACAUACAGGUGUGGAGUGGAAGUAUCUCGUUAUAAUGAGAGCUUCACUGAACUACAGCUGAGCAUCAUACACGAUGUAAAAUAUCCAAUGGUUGUGACUAAAACUGCAUAUCUUGGUGAAGUUCACAUCUCCUGUCAGCUUCCAGAGGAACAUAAAGUUCAUUUCUGUAAAGAGGAUGAUAAUCACAUCUGCCAGAACAUCAGCUCAUCUAAAGUGACAGAAAUGAGUGGUUCAUCAGAGAGAAAUGAAGAGAGAGUUGUUACAGUGAGCAUCAGUAAUGUGAGUGUGAGAGAUGCUGGAGUUUACUUGUGUGGAGCAGAAACCAGAGACACAUAUCUGACUUUCAUCUCCCUGAACACUAAAAUUCAGCUCAACCUCAUCAUGCCUCCAGUAGUGAGACGUGAAGGAGAAUCUGCUGAGAUCAUCUGCCCUUAUGAUUCAAUCUAUAAAUCAAAGCCAAAGUCUCUCUGUAAGGGGAAGUGCUCCACUAGAGACAGAAAUCCUCUCAGUGAGACUGUGAGAGAAGAGAAAGAGACCAAGACUGACAGAUUGACUCUGAAAGAUGACGUCACUGCAAGUGUCUUCACUGGGAGCAUCACUGCACUGACAGCAGAGGAUGCUGGGAAAUACUGGUGUGCAGUGACAUUAGAAACAGAGCUCAAUUAUCUUCACACUCAUCUGAUGGUCAUCAUGAACGAGGAGCUGAACUUGACUAAGUAUGAAGGAGACGACGUGUCAAUCCAGUGCAAACAUCAGGAUGAAGAUCAGAAAAGCUUCUGCAAAGCACAUGAAGCCUCCAUGUGUGUGAAGGAUUGGAGUUUCAUUGGAGACGAUCAUUGGAUCGAUUCUCUUUCAGUGAUGAAGCAUCUGCUGGAGUCUUUACUACAUGAGAGACGAGGCGACGCUCACUCACAGUCACCCACAAUCCCCUCUGAUGAGCUCCUGUACGCUGCUGUCAGUUUCCAGAAGCAUCCAGAAGAGUCUCUCAGUGAAGCUACAAUCAGAUUCAGUAAGAAUGAGAUUCACUCUGAUUACGCAUCUGUCAGUCACCGCAUGAGACUCAAUUAA